ACCAUCUCGAAGCAGACGGUAGCCACGCUGCAGAGGGACUUUCUGAUGUACCGGCUCCCUCGACCGGGACGAGAUCCGGAACUGUACCGGACCACUCUAGAGUCCUUGGGCCUCGUUCCACCGGCUGACGUUCAGCGGACUGCUCUUGAUUCAGAGAUAGUCGCGCCUGCGCGUGAGGGUGACGCUUCUGGAGUUGGAAAUAGUGCAGCUGUAGCAUUAGGGCUGCCUCUUCCUGUCCUUGGGUACCAUGGUCAGAAUCUUGAUGGCGGUCUACCGGACAACGAGACGCGGACACAGAUAGCGCUCCAGGAUCGAAACUUUUCUGCGGUGCUAGCUGCUUCAACUAGUUCAAGUACGUCGUGGGUCAUUCGUGACGGGACAUGGGGAGGCAUUUUCAAGAUGAACCUAUACCUUCAGCAAGGUCGUACCAGUGAUCGCUUGAAAGGCGGCCCUCGCAACAAGAUUUGCCGCGAAGGGAGGCGAUUCUGGUGGUGUCUGUUGCCGCUAGAUGAGCCUGAGAGAGGGGCUUCCAGUAGAAUUCGGAAGACGAAACCCUGCGCAAGAGCUUGCCGCGUUUUUCGUGUUCAGCGAAGCACGUGCGAACAUCAGCGCCGAAUCAAAGGGAAAGAGCCAAGGCAAACUGAGUACUAACUUUCUACUUCUUAGACUUCCUCUAGCUCUUUAGAAACUAGCGCCAUAGGCGCAAGUCUUCUACAGUUUCGGGUCUUGCUGUAAACAUAUGGGGACUUUGCUGCAGAAGUGCUUGCUGUCAUUCGUCUGGACUACAGUAGAUAAAAGGCCAGCAGUCUCCGUUGAGCCAUAAGGCAAUAAUUAGAAGUGUUCCCCUCUGUCUACUUUUCAGCUUCUUUGUUUCUACCUCAACAGGCUGCACAUGGCUGUCUUCUUUUUGCGCGCUCGCUUUCUGCUGUCGCGUUGGGUACGCGGUGGCAUGCAGAGGCUAUCGGAUGACGACAAGAAGAGCUUGCGAGACUUGUUCACCCAAUGCCUCCAGCCUGCGCUCGACGUGCAUGCAUUAGGAGCAGACAUGUCUGACAAAAGGGCAGUGCAGAAGCUUUGCACCUUGACAGAUGAGGACCUAACAUUUUUGCAAGUGGGGUCGAACUUCGUCUUGGAUAAUGACGGAGAGAUGGCGGGGGAUGCAGGAGGUGACUUAGGUGAUAACGAUUCGGACCAUGUUGAAGAGCUCAGCGAGUACCCUGCGACCCCUCCUGCUCGAGCCUCACGGCGGCGCGGAGGUGUUUGCGGAGAUGUUGAGGACGCGGAAGGCGGUGGCGCAGAUUCUUAUCCUGGGAAUGCGGCUCAUCUAGAAGAGGGAGAGGGACUGUCUUCGGACGAAGGUGGAGGACGUUGAUCCACUUUGAAUAAACUUACCAAGUGUGCCCUUUAGUCUUACAGACGAAACCACUUAAAGCGCGGCACUUUGAGAGCCUUGCUGCCAUCAGCAUCGUGAAAGGCUUUGACUCGUUAUUUCUGCUUUCUUAUCUUGAUUCAGUUUCAUUGGUACACAAUAAAUAUUGCCGUCUUCUCGUCCUUGAGUAAUUUCGUUCAUCAAUUCAAAUUUCUCAGCAAUAUUCACGUUUUGUAACCUACUGCGAUUUAUGUAUGGACUUGCUUAGAAAAGUUUGCUCGUGUCGAUUUUUGUCUUGUUCGCUGAAAGAAUGGGCUAGAGUGAAGUAUUCAGGGAAGGACUUUGAAAAACAGCAGCGACGCGUGAGCUUCUUGAAAGUGCUCCAAAGAGUAGAAUGGAACGGGCUUGCAGCAAUUCGGAA